AUGUUCUCGACGCGGCAGAAGCGGGCUGGGGCGCCCAUGACCCCACACCUGCGAACCAAGAUGUCCAAUCCACUGCUGUCCGCAUCUACGGUGAGUGUGUCUUCGUCGAUGGUUGGAGCGAGCACGGCAUCCGAGACGCCGUCCGGUGCGCAGGCGUCCGGGCUCGUGCGCAUGGAAACGGCGCUGCCGAAGCAGUACCAAGGGUUUGCGCCGAGUGGCGCCGUGCUGCGAAUGGAGCACGCCAACGACGGCCCCUUGACCAACCUGCACCAGGCCACCGCUGUCCUCUAUCCCGACACAAACAGCACAGACGUUGUUGUGAUUGAGUCGUCUGGCCUGUCCCACAACUAUGCGGAGGUGAGGGUCGCCGCCAGCAUCUCCGCGCGGCAGCUCACCUUUGUCACCUCGGCUGGUGACGAGAUUCCUCUCAUCGCCGCCCUUCCCGGUGGUGAGGUACACUACUAUGCCGACACGCGGGACGAGGAGCGCGGCGUGUCGUCGUGUCUUCUUCCCAUUCCGUCGACCGCAGCCGUUGCUGACAUCAUUGCGCUUCGCGAGCACGUGUUCUGUGUGGUGACGACGGGAGACUUGUAUGAGAUCACACCCACGGCCGAUGGCCGAGUAGCCGGCAGUCGCAUUGCAAAGGCGAACGAGGCCAGCAUGCUUGCAGGCUUCAGCCGCCGCAUGACAAACCUCUUUGGGUUUGCAGACACGGCCCGCGAGCUUACCAUCCGCGCCUCCCUUCCACUCACGUCGGCUCCGCUUCCCACCAUCGUCGUGGCCCUCGACCAAAGCAUUGAGCUCUGGAGCGUCACUGACCGAAGACUCGUCGAGGUUGACACGGUGCAUAUCCUCAAUGAGGGCGGCUCUGCUGUUGGUCCGUUUGCAUCUGAUGCGCUUCCAUCCCGCCUCUCCAUCGUCACCGCAGCCGUCAUCGCCCAGACUGCAGCGUCGUGCGACCUGGCGAUUCUCACUGCCGCCAUGACAGAUGUGCAGCCCGUCUCCUUCUUCCUCUGCCGGCUGCAAGUGCUGUUGGCAGAGGGCGGGCGCGUGGACGACAUUCGCUGGUCGAAACUGCCAAUCGACGAGCAGCUCUCGGCUGGCGGCUCGCAUCUGCAGAAGCGGCUCUUUGCCCCGUCGUCGGACGUGCUUGUUGUUGUUGACGACGCGAAGCACAAGGUCAUGCGCAUUGAAGUUGGCGACGACUGGGACGACUCGUCACUGGAUCUCAUUCGCAUCAGCGACAGUCCGCAACUGCCCGUCCGCGCUGCCGGCAUGCGCGCUGACGGCGGCGUUGUCUGCGUCUCGCACAUGCGAUCUUGGGCGGUUCGCACCAUUCAGCCAUUGGCGGCAGCCGAGCCUGCGCCAGACGUGUCUGUGUACGACCCAACGACUCCAACACGUGGGACGAGCACGGCCAACACGACAAUGGCCACUGUCGGUGGCGCACGGUUUGGAGAACCCACGUCGCUUCGACAGGUGGUGGCGGCACUGCUGCGCACAGGGGAGGCCGUGCCGUUUGAUCCACAGGAGGACGAGAUUGUGACGCUCAGCCAAGAAAUCCUUGACGGGGCGGCGUUUGACCCGCGGUGGGGCGAGCAGCGGGCGCAGCAGGGCGCCUUUGACGGCCGCAUCAUCGCCUCCCAGCUCCAGCGCAAGACCGAGCAGCACGUCGCCCUCUUGUCCUACCUCGCACACGACGACAUUGCGUUGUGGCAGCAACUUUCGGUCGAGACCCAGACAACACUGAACAACCACCAUGAGUUUCUGCACAUUGCGUCUGUUGUCCGCGACAUCCACAUGGCCAAAGAGGUGGACGUGGAGCGCCUUGUGCUCCGCCCGAAUCGCAUCGAUAGUGACACGUUCUACACAAAGGUGUCGCGUCUGCCGCUUGAUCUCAUGAAAACGCUCUCACGCGUGUCGCUCACGACCUCGGGCCCCACCAACGCCGGGCCCCUUGCAGCACUUGCGCUCGCCACACGGUGCUGCGAAGCGGCAGUGGAGUCGCGCCGCACACGCGCGGACAAAUACUCUCCACACACGCUUGCACACGCGUGGACAUCACAGCCAGGCAUGCGCGCCAUCUUCAAGACAAUGUUUGACAUGCACGCCGUCAUCCAUGACCGCGACGCCCAGCGCGCUGUCGAGUUUAUGCGCUUCUUUGCUGAAAUGGUGCUCGACGGCAUCCUCGCCCGCGCAGACGCAGAGACGCAGAAGCUCAUCAACGAAGAAAUCUCAAAGUUCUACGUCACCAACCGCCAAUACCACAGCCGCCUUCUUCAGUCCACGAUCGACUCCGAAGUCAUUGGCCGAACCCUACAGGGAGAGCCGUCGCUGCAAUGGCUUCACUUCAUUGAUGCGCAGCAAUUUGGAAGUGCAACCAGCAAUCUGCUUGAGCUGGCAGGGAAGGAACAGCACUCUCACCGUGAAAAGCUGCUCAUUGCAGUCGCAACGCUGACCAAUGCAGCCAGUAGCCAAGAGCGAGACAUGGGCGACUUUGAUGUGCGCAUGUCUGCGCUGGAUUUGUUGGAUCGCAUUCCAACGGAUAUUCGGGAGCAGUUUGAAUGCACCACAACGGCUUGCUCGAUGCUUGAACUCUUGCGCAUGUAUCAAGCUCUGUUUUCUCGGGACUUGGACGAGUCGCAGCUUGUUGACAUUGCCAAGGACGUGUGCAAGGCAGCUGCCCUCCUCGCUCGCGUUCUCAGCCAACAUCAGGAGGCGCCGUCUCCAGCCGUUGCGGCGCUGGUGCCAUCGGACGACGUUGAUGAUGCCGUCACCGCCGCACACACUGCCCUCGCCCAUCUUGCCGAGCAGUCCCGCGCCAGCCAGGACGACCGCGAACUUCGCCUGCAGGAAAGCCUUCUCUUUGAAGCGCUGAAACAGCUGCCUCAAGCCGUCGUGGGAGAUCUUCAGGCCCUUCCAAGACUGGACGACAGCAACGACGUUGCUCUCGUGCUGCACUUGCUCAGCAGUCAAUAG